AUACCGAUAUAGAGAAAUACACCAUAGACAAAUUCUUAAACGAUUCCCUACCACAAACACUUUGUUGCCUACUCCUUCACAUACCUCUGAAACAAAAAACCAAAAAAACUUAUCCACACCUAAUUCAACAAAACAUGAAAUUUUAACCAUUGAAUCAUCAAGAACUCUGAACAAAAACAAAACACCCAAAACAAUGGCAGCAGCUUUAUCGUCAAUGGCUUCCAUGGUGGGGUGGAAACCCAUGAACAAAACAGAAACCUUAUUCCCCAGAAAACGAAGCAACAAUGGCUUCUCGGUGUGUGCUCAACAACAAGAAGUGCAAGAAUCAACUUCAAUACAACAAGAAGAAGUGAAAGAAGAGAAACCGGUGGUGAAGGGUGUCACCCAGCCGAGGCCCGUUGAGCCACAAGUGAACGUACAAAGCAAGAACAUGGGGCGGGAGUACGGUGGUCAAUGGCUGAGCAGCACCACAAGACACGUGAGAAUCUUCGCAGCAUAUAUCGACCCUGAGACAUGUGCUUUCGAUCAAACACAGAUGGAUAAGCUCACCCUUAUCCUUGAUCCCACGGAUGAGUUUGUUUGGACGCCGGAAACCUGCAACAUGGUUUACUCGUACUUUCAGGAGCUUGUUGACCACUAUGAGGGAGCACCAUUGACGGAAUACACAUUACGACUUAUUGGUUCAGACAUAGAACACUACAUUCGGAAACUGCUUUACGAGGGACAUAUACAAUACAACAUGAAUGCAAGGGUCCUAAAUUUCAGCAUGGAAAACAAGGUGUACAUAGAAUGACUACUUCAAUUUCACAUAGGAAUCGAUACCACUAGAGAGGUACAAAUUAAGGAAGAUGAUUCUCGGUGCACCAACAUAAAGUCAAACGUACGCCUUGCAAAAUAUGUAAUUAAAAUUAAAUAUCAUAUUUACUAAUCGACUUAUUUUAAAACUCUUGAUGACAUUUAUGUAUAAUGAUAUAUUUUGUAUGACUUCAUUCUUAAUUUCAAUGUUUAAUAUUAGAAAGUUCAUAUAUGAAACCUUGGAUGUUUUGGUG